GAGAAAAGGGGGUGUUGAAAAGAGAUUGGAUGGGAGAAAGAGAUAGAGGCUGAGAGGAAAAGUAAUAAGAAACCGAGUUACACACAUAGAACAGGCGAGGAGAGGGUUAGAGACGCUGGGGAGUUGGACUGUGCAGCAGAGAGGAAGAGGGGAGGGGAAAGUUGGACACAGACAAUCCUCGAGCAACUUUUCUCUUUUCUUUCUCUGUGGAGGGAGACUCAAGAAAAAGAGAAAGAGCAGGAGGACAAAACCCACAUUGGAAUACUUUGGGAAAAAAUUCUUCUCAGCUUUCUGUAUUUUAAGGGAUUAAUAUAAUCACAUGUUUGUGGAUUGAAGACAGUUGAAGCUGGUGGCGAGGUGAGGUGAAGUUGUCUUGUUAGUGGAGUGAAACCAUGUGGCUUCUCUCCUCCUCUCUGACUCUGCUGGCCCUCAGCACUGCAUCAUGUGACACAGUGACGUCAGACCAAGGUGUACAAUGCCCACCCUUGCAUGUGGAUGGUUGGAAGUUUCCUCACAUGGCACAGCAGAAUAUCACAGGUUUUAAUCUGGUCAGGCAAUUCUUGCUAUUCAAGAGCACAGAUGUCAAGAAAAUCCGCAACCCUCGAGGUCCUGUCAUUCUCCGCCUGGGCAAGACGACACUCUUGCGACCAACCGAUCAGGUGUUCCCUCAUGGCUUACCUGAUGAGUUUACCCUGAUCUUCACCCUGGCUUUGAAGAAGGCUGCCCUGAGGGACACCAUCUACCUCUUUCAGAUAUCUGAUCAGCAGGGAUAUCCACAGCUCUCAGUGGAACUCAGUGGUCCAGACGGCACCCUUUCCCUUCGAGCCAGAGGGGUGGACCCCACGGCCGAACCAGUGAGCUGCAUUUUCUCCGGGGAGGGAGUGAAGGCCCUGAUGGACUUCCGCUGGCACAAGCUGGCCCUGAGCGUGCAACAAGGUGCGGCCUCCCUUCAUGUGGACUGCAGCUCCAUUGAGACAAAGCCUCUUGAGCCCCGAGGGGUUCUAGCAACCAAUGGACACACACUGCUGGCAGUUCAGGCUUCAGAUGCUGGGCCAGUGCUGAUGGAUAUUCAGCAGGUGAUGGUGUAUUGUGACCCUUUGCUCGCCAUUGAAGAGGCCUGCUGUGAGAUACCUGGUGCCCGGUGCCCUCCUGAUGUUUCCAAGAGCCGUCGUGCUGCAGAAAAUGACCUGCUUGACAACACAUUUAACCAGAAUGUGUUUGCAUCCAAGGGUCUUGCAGAAAAAUGUGCUGGUUGUUUACUCCUGAGUAGGGAAGAAAAUGUAGUAAACCUCGGUGGAAUUGCUGGAUUGAAAGGAGAAAAAGGGGAACGGGGUGAUGACUGUGCUGGCUCCCUUACAGGUCCAUGCACAGAAGGACCCAAAGGCCAAAAGGGAGACAAAGGCGAACCGGCCAUGGCUCCCAACUGGGAUGCUGCAGCUGGGUACAAGGGGGAAAAAGGUCAGAAGGGAGAAAUCGGUCUGCAGGGUCUGACAGGCAAACCAGGGAGAGAUGGUCAAGCUGGGUCCGUCUGUGUAGUUGGCCCUAAGGGACAGAAGGGUACACCUGGUGUGGUGGGUCCUGAAGGGUUGGCUGGGGAGCCAGGGAAGCCCGGACUUCCAGGUCUGCCGAGUGCUGGAAUGCCAGGUCCUCCAGGUCCCCCUGGUGAAACAGGUGGUGCAAAGGGAGAAAAGGGAGAAACUGGACCUUCAGGAAAUGACGGGCUGCCAGGAGAUCCAGGACCAAGAGGACCAGCAGGGGCUAAAGGAGAGAAGGGUGAUCCUUGCGAAGUGUGUCCAGUCCUAUCAACAGAUAUUGGCAACACAGUGGCUUUGCAAGGGAAGCCUGGCACUAAAGGAGAGCCUGGAUUACCAGGACGAGGAGAAAGAGGACAUCCUGGACCUCAAGGUACAGAUGGAAAAGCUGGACAGAAGGGAGAACCAGGAUCAGAUGGCACCAAAGGAGAAAAGGGAGAGUCAUGUUCUGUGUGCCCCACGCUUGGAGACCUAACUCCUAACCUUGGCCCCAAUGUCCUGGCCCAAACCAUGCAGCAGAAGGGUGAGAAAGGAGAGCCUGGGACUGGUCAGAAAGGAGAGCAAGGGGACCCAGGAAAUGUAGAUUCACCUGGCCUUAAAGGAGAGCAGGGGAGUGCAGGCAGCACAGGAGCUGAUGGUAAGCCGGGCAAAUCUGGACCAAGGGGACCCAGUGGCAAGGACGGACAGAAAGGUGCAAAGGGAGAACAAGGACCAUCUGGUGAAAGUAUCCCUGGCCAAAAGGGUGAAAAGGGCGAGUGUGGUGUGUGCCAACCAUCAGAGGCUGGAAGCAAAUCCACCGACUUUACAGUGCUUAAGGGAACAAAAGGUGAACCUGGCCCCCCAGGUCCACCUGGACCCACAGGUCUUGGGGCUGAUGGCAAACAGGGGCCACCAGGUCUGGCUGGUGCUAAAGGAGAAAAGGGUGAACAAGGGGACCAAGGAGACAAAGGACUGAAUGGGGCUCCUGGAGUGCCAGGUUUGCCUGGAGAGCCUGGUCAGGAUGGAUUAAGAGGCUUAAAGGGAGAAAAGGGGGAUGCUUGCACCAGCUGCGCUCUCAGCACUGCGGUCGGUAAUGAUGGUAUAGCUAUGCCUGGCCCCAAAGGAGACAAGGGAGAUCCUGGGCCCCCGGGAGCAGGAAAGUCUGGCAAAAAUGGAAAACCAGGUUUACCAGGUGUACAGGGCCCCCCCGGUCCCAAAGGAAGUAAGGGAGAAGCUGGAGCUGCAGGAGUUGGCCUUCCUGGACCACAGGGUGAUCAGGGACUGAGGGGACUUCCAGGAAUUGCAGGACUUACUGGUGUCAAAGGACCGCCUGGCCCUGUUGGCCCUACAGGGGAAAAGGGCUCCAAAGGUGACAUGGGGCUUCCUGGGCCACAGGGGCCAAUCGGUUUUGGAGCAGCUGGGCCUCCAGGAAGAGAUGGAGUCACUGGUCCUGCAGGACCAACAGGACCUGAUGGCAGACCUGGACUUGAUGGAGCUAAGGGGGACAAAGGUGAACCAGGGAGAUGCAACUGCAAUAUGCCAGUGUCUCCGAUUGGAGGUGGACCUGGAGCUCCAGGAACUCCACUAAACAUGUGGCCGGGGCCUCAGGGCCCCCCAGGACCUCCUGGCCCUCCUGGCCCCCCUGGGCCCCAGGGUCUACAAGGACCCCAGGGUAUCCCUGGAAAUGACGGGAAACCGGGUUUGCCUGGACGCACCAUCCCCACUGGACCACACCUACUGCCUCAAGAUGAGAAUAGAGACGAGGGCUGUGAAGAGGGCUGUUCCCAAGGGUUGCCAGGGGUGCCAGGCAUGGGUGGUGCCAAGGGUGAUAAAGGAGACCAGGGCAAGCCUGGUGUAGCCCUCUCGGACAGCUGUGACAGGUGUUUGGAGAGACUUCAGAGGGAACAGUCAACGCAAGCACUGGGUGAUCGAUCAUGUAUAGGAACACCUGGAGUUCCUGGAACACCUGGAUCACCAGGAAUCAAAGGAGACCCUGGUACACCUGGAGAAAGAGGGACGCCUGGAAUACCAGGAAGCAUGGGACCUCCUGGUUUCCCAGGUCCUCAGGGAUCUUCUGGUUUAUCGGGUCAGCAGGGGGAGCGAGGGUCAUCCGGCCUGCCAGGAAUGAAGGGCGAGCAGGGCCCUCCAGGGACACCUGGCUAUCCGGGAGCCAUGGGCCCACCUGGACUGCCUGGACUGAAAGGGGAUCGAGGAAGUCCAGGAAGCAGUGGACAGAAAGGAGAAUCAGGUCCUCCCGGUAACCCUGGGUAUCAAGGACAAGCUGGCUCACCGGGUGUUAAAGGAGAAAAGGGACCAGCAGGGCCUGUUGGGCCCAAAGGCGAACAGGGUUUCCAAGGACAGCCAGGUUUUUCAGGACCACCAGGCUCCCCAGGUCCUGCUGGCAAGCCUGGAAGAGAAGGCCUUCCAGGGCUCAAAGGAGAAAAAGGUAAUGAUGGUGCACAAGGCUCCCAAGGACCGGUUGGACCCCUUGGCUCACCCGGCUCCCCGGGGUUGAUGGGCCCCCCCGGUAUUGAGGGAAUUGAUGGAAAAGAUGGAAAACCAGGGAUGCGGGGAGAGCCAGGCCCUCCAGGCCAAGCAGGACUUCGAGGGAUCCCGGGAUUCAAAGGGAAAACUGGCCAUGUUGGCUUUCCCGGACAGAAGGGAGACGUUGGACCUACGGGUCCACCAGGACCACCUGGCAGACAAGGACAUGAUGGUGAUCCUGGAACCCCAGGAGCUCUGGGAAGACCUGGACCUCCUGGCCAUGUUGGUCCCACAGGACCAGCAGGACCUCCAGGGCCUUCUGGUCCUGCAGGAGUGGGUAUACAAGGAGAUAAGGGUCAACAUGGAGAGCGAGGCCUCCCAGGGAUGGGUGGACCUCCAGGACCACCUGGGCAUCCAGGACCCUUGGGAGAGCCAGGCAGUGAUGGAGCUGCUGGCAAAGAUGGAGCACCAGGUUUACCAGGGGACAAUGGGCAGCCAGGUCAAAAGGGUGAGCCAGGGUCCCCUGGCCAGAGGGGUCCAGCUGGAGAAAGAGGUAGACCAGGCCCACCGGGUGGUGGAGGAUAUCUUGGUAAGGACGCACAACCCAUAAUGGGACCAGUCGGGCCUAGAGGGGAAAGAGGAAACCCGGGCUCAGAUGGCCCACCCGGGCUCCCUGGACCUCCAGGGUCACCAGGAAAUGAUGCUGUCGUCAAUUAUGAUGAUAUCAAGAACUUCAUUCGCCAGCAGGUCAUCAAGAUCUUUGAUGAGAGAAUGGGCUACUACAUGUCCCGCAUGCAGAUGCCUGUAGAGAUGGUGGCAUCUCCAGGUCGACCUGGACCCCCUGGGAAAGAUGGUGCCCCUGGUAAUCCUGGAGCCCCAGGUGCUCCGGGACUCCCUGGACAGAUCGGUAGAGAAGGACGACCAGGAGGGCAAGGACCCCCAGGACUACGAGGACCACAGGGACCAAAAGGUGACAAGGGAAUUGGAGAGAUGGGAGAUAUAGGACCUCCUGGAGCACCAGGUGUUCCUGGCCCCCCUGGCUAUGGAAAAAUGGGACCACCUGGUCCUGUUGGCCAACAGGGUGUCCCUGGAGUCUCAGGCCCUCCCGGAACACCUGGAACAAAGGGCACAGAGGGCCGGUGUAAUCCUGUGGACUGCAUGAACCAUCAAGCAGACUACAGCCCCAAGGGACCACCUAUCAAAGGCCCCUGGUAGAGAAGCUAGAGACUACAGAAUGUGGAGGAGCAAAAAAGCCAAAGAUGAUUACCCAAAGUUAUAAAAUGUAACCACAAGAUGGAAAACAAGAGCUACCUUUAUUGUUGUUGAAUAGACCAAUUUACCCACAUAGAGUAAUGGAAGAGACCUGAGUAAAAACCCACAAAUUCUUUGUAAGGGUCCCGCUGGAACUGAGGCCUGCAAAGAUACACCAGCAGCUAUUUUUAUUGCAUCAUUCUUUCCACUUCAUAGCUGUAUUACUGCUUUGUAUUUUGUUCUAGCCUCUGUUUUACUUGUAUUUCAUUCUGUUUGUUCUUUUGAAAACAACCCAAGAGAGGUAACAAUAAUGAUCAUCUUUCUUUUCUUGUCCUUGAUUCAUUCUGGCCUCUGCCUUUUGUCUUUAAUUCUUUUUUUAUAGAUUUCUUUGUUGUUGUUCUUUAUUGGUCAUUUUCUUUGACUAAGUCUGUUGCAUGACACAGUUGUUGUAAUGCAUUGGCUGCGUUUCUCAUGUCUUUAUACUUUCCUCCUAUUCUGAGCACAUCCCAUACAUUUCUAAUGUUCUGUCACGGUGGUUGAGAUGUGAUUUAUAUUUGAAUUGGACGUGUAAGAGAAUAUCCCCAGAAAUGUAUUUCAGCUCUGUUGAAUCAGAUGUCCCAUUGCAUUCAUUUACUUUUUGAUAGAUUGAGUGUUUGUAUAUAUUUAUAUGUGUAAAUAUAUAUAUUUGGCUUUUUAUAAUUCUCAAAGGUUUUUGUUAUUGGGCAAACUAUUGGUUAUAGUUCUUUUUAUUGUCAGUGAUUAUUUUGCAACAAAUGACCAAAUGAUUUUUUUUUUCCUAAGGUCUUGAAGCUUUUAAAAUAGAAUAAUGUGUUCAGUAAAAGACGGAUUAUUUAUAAAAGAAAUUUGCAUCGACACAGAAAGCAUUUUGCUUUUGUGAAUGUAUUGCUAAAGUUCAUUUAGUGUCCUUUUGACUCCAAUAUUUCUGAGAAUGCAGCCAUUUUAAAGUGCCUUGUCUCAUUUUAAUUCCAAAGUAGCCUUAAUAGCCAUCUGUCUGCUUCAUUUGGCACCACUCUAUGUAAGAAUAAGAUGGAAAUAUGAGCAACAGUCAAGCCCAUUCACUGUAGGUACUGUAAUGACGCACAGCCACUCAUCACAGCCAACCAACCUCCACAGUUACCUAGGAGAAAAGAAAAUGCAUCACUAACAGCUUUUUAGUCUAACAUUUCACUGUAUUUGGGUGGUUCAUCUGUUAUUUUAAUCAUUUUUUAUAUCUGUGGAAUUUGUAAUAAUUUUCAUGUUCAUUACUGUCAUUUUUGAAAGUUUGAACUAUGAGCUGUGGUCUGACCUUUUGUUGCUCCAAAGCAAACCCCUGGGAAAUAUUUAACUGAAUUAAAAUGCUUUUC